UGGCCACCGACGUCUAGGCCGUCCAGCAUAAGGUCGCACGGUGUAGUAGCACAUCGACUGCGUGAGCAAACAGUGCGUGUCAGAGAUUUCUUCAAGUUUUUUAAUUUAACCGAUCGAGACAACAAUUUCGCAAAAACGAAGAGGGCUGCAACAAAUAUGAGAAUCAGGACACAUUUGAUCACUGUGAUUGUGAUUUUAUUUAUUUUCGCAGACGCAAAUGGUCGUAAAACCAGCGGACGAAGAAGCGGAGGAUAUGGAGGAUCUUCCUCAUCUCGACGGUCAAUGUCGAAAACAACUCCACGGUCCUCACAGACGGGCUCAAACUCAGGUAGAAUAGGAUGGAACGUACCACCGAACAGUAACAGUAAAACACCGAGUACCAAUACCAAUGUCAAGCCAUCGGCUCCAGUGUCCGAACAUGCUUCCAAGACUAGCGCAACGAAUGUGCAAUCAGGAUAUCCGUCAGCGAAUAAUAAUCCUCCACCAUAUAGUCCAUCGGGUGGAUAUCCUCGGCAGCCCGCCAAUAAUCCUUACGGCAACACGGGUUACAACCAGGGCUACCCGUCUCCCAACACGAAUCCUUCAUACCCUGGUUACGGUGGCCACUCGCCGUACGGUCAGGCUUACAAUCCGUCUAUGCACCAUAACGCGCCGCCGGCUUACAGUCCACCCUAUGGCGGGCACUCCUACGGCGGUUACGGCGGACAACAGUCAUUCGGCCAACCGUCCUACGCUCAACCGUCCUACGUUCAACCGGCUAUCUCGCAAGCGCCGGCGCUCACCGUCCUGCAACCGAGCCGACCUGGCAUCGGCCAGCUGGCCAAGGAAGCGCUGGUAUACUCGAGCGUGAGCGCGGGCGUGAGCGCGGCCGUGAACAGAUUGCUACCGGGUGGUAUCUACGGCAGAAGCCCGGGAUACGAUAAUAGCCACGGCGGCGCCGGCGCCGGCGCCGGCGCCGGCGGUAGCCACACCGAGAUUACGUACAACAAUUACUAUUACAAUCAAUCAAAUCCAACUAAUGGGGAAGCGCCCGCGGUGCCUGCGAAUAAUAAUGGUGUGCCUGCCAACUCUAAUGCGCCCGCCGCAGCGGCAGCGCCGGUUCAACCGCCACCAGAAGCGGAUAAAAAGGCCGAAGCUAGCGCGCCUAGCAAUGCCAACUCGCCUAACCCACAACCGGAGAGCAAUCCGAGUCAACCGAACUAUCCGAUUUCGAACGAUGAAGUGAAGAAGCUGUCGGAGAAUCUCUUCGAGGCGGAUAAGAACAACGCGUACAAGUACAUCACCGUGAAUCUGCAGGGUGAGACGAAAGAAGAUAGUACUGCGGAUGAUGCUCCUCUGCCCCUACUGGACGUCAAACCGGAAGCAUAUGAAAUUCCGACGAUUAAAAGCGUAUUGGCGUUGCACGAUAACUACGAGAUGGACGUUAAAGUGAAGGAGAACGUCACGCCUGACGAGCGUAAGGAGGAAACGGAGCUGCUCGACAAGUUCUUAGAGACCGACGUAUUUAAAACGGCGAUGAAGUUCCUGGUCGACAAGGGAUUCAUUCCGAACGACGAGUACGAGUUUAAGGACACCCUGAAACGUAUCUGGUUCUCGCAGUUCCAGCGAGUGGAAGGGGAGCCGUCCAGUUCUGGUUUCGAGGCGGUGUUCCUCGCGGAAAAACUCGACUCCUACAUGAUCGGGCCGCAGAGCUGGAUUUACUUCGCCAAACAGGAGGCGCAGAAGAAUCUCAACUAUCGCGGAUACCUAAAGGAUGUCAAACUAGCGGACAAAGGAGAAGCUAUCAAGAUACGUACGGCGUUCAACGUACCAGACACGAAACAUGCGGUCACGACUCUUCUUGUCGGUCUUUCACCAGAGUUGGAAAUGGCUCUUUACACAGUAUGCUUCUACCUACGUCCGAAUGACGUUUGUCCGAUUUCAUUGGGUGGAAAGGAUGUCAACCUCGUUUCUACCAGAUUCAAUUACUUUGGCAAAGAUAUUUUGAUUGCCGGUUUUAUUGCAUGAAAUCCGGAUUAAAAUCCUUUUUUGGCAAUCUCUAUAAAAAAAUUGUGAGAUUAGAAAUUCACCUAAGAAGAACGUUUGAACAAAUCUUAUGUCAAAAUAAAUUGAGAACAAAAUUUUUAUAUAUAUUUAUAUAUUGCUUAUAGUUUAACAUAUAUAUAUUUAUCUAGCAUAAUAUUUCAAGACAAAUUUCGUGCUUCUAUUCAUUUAUAUAUCAAAUAUGUACAAAUUUAUAUUAGUGAAAAAGAAACUAUACGUGAUCUCUGUCUUUCUCAUGAAUCUAUAAAUUUUUGUCUUUAUUAUAAUAAAAUUGGAAGGAAUAUAAUUAUAA